GAAGUCGCGCGCCGUCUCGCGAGACUCUAAGUUGAAGGAACAUGGCGACGUCUAAUCUGUUAAAGAAUAAAGGUUCUCUUCAAUUUGAAGACAAAUGGGAUUUUAUGCGUCCAAUUGUUUUGAAGCUUUUACGCCAAGAGUCUGUUACAAAACAGCAGUGGUUUGAUCUGUUUUCGGAUGUGCAUGCGGUCUGUCUCUGGGAUGAUAAAGGCCCAGCAAAAAUUCACCAGGCUUUAAAAGAAGAUAUUCUUGAAUUUAUUAAGCAAGCACAGGCACGAGUACUAAGCCAUCAAGAUGAUACAGCUUUGCUAAAAGCAUAUAUUGUAGAAUGGCGAAAAUUCUUUACACAAUGUGAUAUUUUACCAAAGCCUUUUUGUCAACUAGAGAUUACUUUAUUGGGUAAACAGGGCGGCAAUAAAAAAUCAAAUGUAGAAGAUGGUAUUGUUCGAAAGCUCAUGCUUGAUACAUGGAACGAGUCCAUCUUUUCAAAUAUAAAAAACAGACUCCAGGAUAGUGCAAUGAAGCUGGUACAUGCUGAACGAUUAGGAGAAGCUUUUGAUUCUCAGCUGGUCAUUGGAGUAAGAGAAUCCUAUGUUAAUCUUUGUUCUAAUCCCGAGGAUAAGCUUCAAAUUUAUAGGGACAAUUUUGAGAAGGCGUACUUGGACUCAACAGAGAGAUUUUAUAGAACACAGGCACCCUCAUAUUUACAACAAAACGGUGUUCAGAAUUAUAUGAAAUAUGCAGAUGCUAAAUUAAAAGAAGAAGAAAAACGAGCACUACGUUAUUUAGAAACCAGACGGGAGUGUAACUCUGUUGAAGCACUCAUGGAAUGCUGUGUAAAUGCCCUGGUGACAUCCUUUAAAGAAACUAUCUUAGCAGAGUGCCAAGGCAUGAUCAAGCGAAAUGAAACUGAAAAAUUACAUUUAAUGUUUUCAUUGAUGGACAAAGUUCCUAAUGGGAUAGAGCCAAUGUUGAAAGACUUGGAGGAACAUAUCAUUAGUGCUGGCCUUGCAGAUAUGGUAGCAGCUGCUGAAACUAUUACUACUGACUCUGAGAAAUAUGUUGAGCAGUUACUUACACUAUUUAAUAGAUUUAGUAAACUCGUCAAAGAAGCUUUUCAAGAUGAUCCCCGAUUUCUCACUGCAAGAGAUAAGGCAUAUAAAGCAGUUGUUAAUGAUGCUACCAUAUUUAAACUUGAAUUACCUUUGAAGCAGAAAGGGGUAGGAUUAAAAACUCAGCCUGAAUCAAAAUGCCCUGAGCUGCUUGCCAAUUACUGUGACAUGUUGCUAAGAAAAACACCAUUAAGCAAAAAACUAACUUCUGAAGAAAUUGAAGCAAAACUUAAAGAAGUGCUCUUGGUACUCAAAUAUGUACAAAACAAAGACGUUUUUAUGAGAUAUCACAAAGCUCAUUUGACACGACGUCUUAUAUUGGACAUCUCUGCUGAUAGUGAAAUUGAAGAGAAUAUGGUCGAGUGGCUAAGAGAAGUUGGUAUGCCAGCAGACUAUGUAAACAAACUUGCUAGAAUGUUUCAGGACAUAAAAGUAUCUGAAGAUUUGAACCAAGCUUUUAAGGAAAUGCACAAAAAUAAUAAAUUGGCUUUACCAGCUGAUUCAGUUAAUAUAAAAAUUUUGAAUGCUGGUGCUUGGUCAAGAAGCUCUGAGAAAGUCUUUGUCUCACUUCCUACUGAACUGGAGGAUUUGAUACCUGAAGUAGAAGAAUUCUAUAAAAAAAAUCAUAGUGGUAGAAAAUUACAUUGGCAUCAUCUCAUGUCAAAUGGAAUUAUAACAUUUAAGAAUGAAGUAGGUCAAUAUGAUUUGGAGGUAACAACGUUUCAGCUGGCUGUGUUGUUUGCAUGGAACCAAAGACCCAGAGAGAAAAUCAGCUUUGAAAAUCUAAAACUCGCAACUGAACUCCCUGAUGCUGAGCUUAGAAGGACUUUAUGGUCUUUAGUAGCUUUCCCAAAGCUCAAACGGCAAGUUUUAUUGUACGAACCUCAAGUCAACUCACCCAAAGACUUUACCGAAGGUACCCUCUUCUCAGUGAACCAGGAAUUCAGUUUAAUAAAAAAUGCAAAAGUUCAGAAAAGGGGUAAAAUCAACUUGAUUGGACGCUUGCAGCUCACUACAGAAAGAAUGAGAGAAGAAGAGAAUGAAGGAAUAGUUCAACUACGAAUACUAAGAACCCAGGAGGCUAUCAUACAAAUAAUGAAGAUGAGAAAGAAAAUUAGUAAUGCUCAGCUGCAGACUGAAUUAGUAGAAAUUUUGAAAAACAUGUUCUUGCCACAAAAGAAAAUGAUAAAAGAGCAAAUAGAAUGGCUAAUAGAGCACAAAUACAUCAGAAGAGAUGAAUCUGAUAUCAACACUUUCAUUUAUAUGGCAUAAUUUUGAACAUCAUGGACAAUAUUAAGAACUCAAAUUUUGGAGUGCUUGGGCAGAAAGUUGCAACAGUUUGUGCUGAAGGUUUAUUUGGACUUUGAUUACAUAAAUAUUAAAAUCUCUGCCUUACCUAACAAAACAACUAUAUUUUGCCAACCACAUUAGUUAGCAUGAUGGCAUUCCCUUCAUGUCACACACUCUUAACAGCAUGCUCUUUUGUGGGAGACACUUGCAUUCAUGAAGAGCCCUUUAUGAACUUUUAAAGGAAAUUUGACUUAUACCCACCAGAAGAAAUACAGUUGGGAAGGGUGAGGGUGGGAUUCUUACUGCUUUUUUUUCCUCCUUUUUCCUCUCUUUCAAAAAUGUACUUGCACAAGGAAGGAUCUUCAGAUAUUUGUGCACUGAAAAAUGCUGUUAUGUGUUGUUUUUAAAAUGCAAUUAAAACUAGAAAUAGCACUCUUGGUUUCUUUUGAUCAAAAGAGUGAGCUGGUCUAUACAACAUUGGGAGAGGGCAGAUGUAGGUGAGGCGAUAAGUAUUUAAUAAGUAUCACAUUAUUUGUUCAAACACUGCUCCAGUAUAAUAACUGGAUUUUAAUGGUGACCUAAAAAUGGUAUUAAAUUUUUCCAACUUACAAAUGUUGGCUUUCUUUAAUCAAGAGACUGCCGUUUUAGUUGUUUGUUUUUUAAUGAUAAGGAGUAUUUUUUAUUUUAUAUGGCUGGAGAGCUUGUUUUGGAAAAGUGAAGCUUAUAUUAAUUGCUUCUUCAAUUGUUUGAAACAUGUAUGGAGGUAGGGAGGUCAUUUUGAUUACAGAGUCAAAAUAGCAAAGUUAAGUGUGUUUACUAAUACACUUAAUAUAUAUACUAUAUAUACCUAAUAUUUGUUAUGCCAUAUCCAAAUUCAUUAAAAACAAAGCAGAAAUUUCCUGCUAUCAUAUAAUGCAGUUAUAUAACUGAUCCCUUUAUCUGAAGCAUGGAAAUAUUUUGGUAUUUUAGUCUCUUGAUUAGGGAUUUGUACCCUCAGGUUUCCUGAUAGGAAGGCAUUCUGCUUUAAACAAGUAAUAAGUACCAGUUACCUACAAGGAAGAGAGAAAUCACAACAUAGGAAAGACCUGAAAAGCAUAAGUAAAAGUGUUGCAAUCUUAAUAUGAACAGUAAACUUGCCAAAUAUAUGUACAUAUAUAUUUAUAUAUUUGAAAAAUAAACAUUUUUUAAAUGUUCAGAAGGCAACUCUUACCUUGUUCCUCUUAGUCAAUCCAAAGUAGCAACUUGCUAGUUGCUGGUAACCGAAUAUCCAGAGGAGUGAAGAUUCCGUACUUAAGGACAUGAGCAACUUAAAAAGAGAAAAACUCCCCAUUGGGAAAGUAUGGUUCAACGUGGAUUUUUAUUCAUUAUGAUACACGUUUCAGAUUUUCUUGCAAAUUAUUUUACUUUUUGUUUGAUAUUGAGUAAAAAUUUUUAACAUAUGAUUUGAAGCCAGUCGGCUAUGGUGUGCUGGAGCAUUGAAGGCCUACAGCAUUAUCGCAGAGUGAUUUCAGGAGCAAUUCAUGGAAUCUGCCCCAACCCCAAGAGGCUUUGCAAGCUGCCUGAUGAAGGAAAGCUGAUUUAAAACAUUUAAGGUUUUGCUGAUUAUAGUCAAAUGCCUGUUCUGAAACUCAUAGGAAAUUGGAAUUUUGUUUCUAAUUUUAAAUCUUACACAUGAGUUCUAAGAUAGCAUAUGUCAAUUAUUAGACCAAGUCUAUUGUGAAGAGUUAAUUUAGUGCUCAUCAUUUUCUCUAAUUAAAUGACUGCUAACAAUGGACAAAUUCUUUAAGAAUUGUAAUAAUUGUGGUCCUAAUGUUUAGCAAAUAGUUUGCUCUUGGCAUAUUUGCUUAUCCAAUACAAGAAUGCCAAAGGAAGGAAAUAGUACAGGCCAUUUUUCAAAGUUGAAGAUUUAUUGUUUUAAAUUAUAAUUGUUCUCAGAACUUUUUUGUAAUUUCUAAUCAUUUUGGUGAUUUAAGAGUGAGAGCCAUGAUGUUUUGAUUUAAUAAAGGCAAAUUUAAUGCAAAAGUGGGUAACUCAUAGCAAACUUUUCUAUUAAAUUUUAUAAAUUUUUAAUAGCUAAUUAUGUCCUAACUGUAUUUUGGGGAAUAGAACAGCAGUAAAUACUGUACACUCACAGCUUUCAUCAUUUUUUUUGUUACGUACACAAAAAUUCAACUACUCUUUGGUGUUUAUGAAAACCAUUCAGUUGACAAGGUGCCUAUACCAUUACUGAAUUUUCUUUAAAUAUGUUUCGACAAUAGAUUUGCUAAUUUAAAUAAAAAAUAAUCUGAAGAAAAAGAACCAUUUACCAGCAAUUUGCUAAAUACUUAAUCACAGUUGUAUCUUUAUCAGGUCCCUUUUCUAUAAUGUGCACUUAAAGUUAGUGCUGUCUGAGCAGGAAUGAAACCUGACAUAGUUAAGGGGAAAAAUAUAUACCUUUUUUUUUUUUUUUCAUGACUAGUAUGGCAAUAGGACUCUUCACAGGUUAAUUUAAGCUUCACACAUUCAUCUAACUUAGAGAUGGAGCCAUCUCGGAAAUGUUAACCUUUGUUACCAUCCCAUUGCCAGAGUAAAUAGACGUGAAAAAAACUUACAAAGUAAAAUAUAGAACAAUUUUAAUACUUACAAUGAGGUAAAUAUUAAACCAUUACUGUUUCAAUGAUUUAAUGAAGAUCUGAAAAAACAUCUGAAGUCUUCCAAUUUUUACAUUUAUUGGAGGGGUCUCUGCAUUCUGUCAACCUAUUUAAGUCUCUUACUUUGUGCAUAAGUGUUGAAAUUUCCAAAAAUGAAAUGUUAGCUUUUUAUUUUUACUUCCUAUUAAACUUAAUGCAAAAUAUGACCGUAGUUUAAAAGUAUUAUGCAUUAUUUGCAGUAGGAUUUCAUUAGCCCUGCUCAAAGGGCAAAUUUUAAAAAUUCAAUUUGGGUGAAAGAUUUGCUAGUUUUCCAGAAAGAUUUGCUAUCAUAAACUCAAGCUGGUUUUUCUAUUUUCAUGUAAAUGACUGGAAUGCUAUCUUACAAACUCUUCCAAGGUCAUGUUUGUGAAAUAAACAUUACAUGAAAGCUUUCCUGUCAUCUACACUAUAUGUGUCGCCUGGAGUGUUGAACAAAUUUGAGUUCCUAAGUUGUAAUCUAUCCGUAUAUGGUAUGUACGAUUUUGAAUGUGUGCCACUACAUACUGAGGUGAUAACGCUGUACAAUUUUAAAUAGUAGCAGUUUCUGUAUGCAGUAGGCUGAAAUAUUUUGAUGAACUGCUUAAUUUUUGGAUUUUAUUUUUUAAGUUGUAUAAUUUAUUUUCUUGCAAAAUAAAAAUGUAAUAUAAAAGCUU